AGGAUGUAGGAGGGCGGCGGCUGGCCCCUUCCCGCCCGGCCAUGGGGCUCCAGCGCCUCCUGCGCCGCCGGGGGGCCGCGCCUCCCGUCUAGCCUCGCCCCGCAGGACGGUGCCGCCCCCGCCGAGCGCGACCCCUCCGGGCGCGUCCCGCCCCGCCAUGGACCACCAGGAGCCCUACUCGGUGCAGGCCACCGCGGCCAUCGCGGCGGUCAUCACGUUCCUCAUCCUCUUCACCAUCUUCGGCAACGCGCUGGUCAUCCUGGCCGUGUUGACGAGCCGCUCGCUGCGCGCCCCGCAGAACCUGUUCCUGGUGUCGCUGGCCGCAGCCGACAUCCUGGUGGCCACGCUCAUCAUCCCCUUCUCGCUGGCCAACGAGCUGCUGGGCUACUGGUACUUCCGGCGCACGUGGUGCGAGGUGUACUUGGCGCUCGACGUGCUCUUCUGCACCUCGUCCAUCGUGCACCUGUGCGCCAUCAGCCUGGACCGCUACUGGGCCGUGAGUCGCGCGCUCGAGUACAACUCCAAGCGCACCCCGCGCCGCAUCAAGUGCAUCAUCCUCACCGUGUGGCUCAUCGCAGCGGUCAUCUCCCUGCCGCCGCUUAUCUACAAGGGCGACCAGGGGCCCCAGCCCCGCGGGCGCCCACAGUGCAAACUCAACCAAGAAGCCUGGUACAUCCUGGCCUCUAGCAUCGGCUCCUUCUUUGCACCCUGCCUCAUCAUGAUCCUUGUCUACCUGCGCAUCUACUUGAUCGCCAAACGCAGUCACCGCAGAGGUCCCAGGGCCGCGGGGGGCCGCGGGGAGGGUGAGUCCAAGCAGCCGCACUCGGUCCCCACGGCAGCUUCAACCAAACUGCCAACCCUGGCCUCUCUGGCUGCUUCUGGAGAGGCCAAUGGACACUCGAAGCCUACUGGGGAGAAGGAAGAGGGCGAUACCUCUGAAGAUCCGGGGACCCCUGCCUUGCCACCCAGCUGGUCAGCCGUUCCCAACCCAGGCCAGAGUCAGAAGGAAGGCGUGUGUGGGGCAUCUCCAGAGGAGGAAGCCGAGAUGGAGGAAGGGGAGGAAGAGUGUGAGCCUCAGGCCUUACCGGCGUCUCCUGCGGCAGCUUGUAGCCCACCCCUGCGGCAGCCACAGGGUUCUCGGGUGCUGGCAACUCUACGUGGCCAGGUGCUCCUGGGCAGGGGUGUGGGCACCACGAGCGGGCAGUGGUGGCGUCGGCGGGCACAGCUGACCAGGGAGAAGCGGUUCACCUUUGUGCUGGCCGUGGUCAUUGGUGUUUUUGUGCUCUGCUGGUUCCCUUUCUUCUUCAGCUACAGCCUGGGUGCCAUCUGCCCACAGCACUGCAAGGUGCCCCAUGGUCUCUUCCAGUUCUUCUUCUGGAUUGGCUACUGUAACAGCUCGCUGAACCCUGUCAUCUAUACCAUCUUUAACCAGGACUUUCGCCGUGCCUUCCGAAGGAUCCUCUGCCGCCAGUGGACCCAGACGGCAUGGUGAGCCACCUGCCCGCCACCCAUGUGGGGUUGGUGCCAGGUGGCACCAGGGCCACUCUGAUUCUUCCCUGUUUUAUGUGGCCACCUCGCUGGGGCUUUCUGGUCCUGCAGACCUCAUCUUGGGAGCCCCCUGGGAGGGACAGGGGCAGGGGUGCUGUUAGCAGGGGUCCAUCUGAAGCCUCUAAAGCCAGGCCAGGAUAGAGCACUUCCCUCCCAGUACCCCAAAGCCCCUGCAAGCCCAUGAGUGGGCUUUCCUUUUCUCCAGGACCCUGUGUUUCCUGGCUGGUCACUUGCUUGUGGUGGUUUUGUUUCUCAUCUUCCCCUGGUAAAGAGCAGGAAGCCAGCCUUCCACUUUUCCCAGGAGGACGUGCUGCUGAGGAGGAGACAGAACUGAGGGAUCCACGUUGGAUGCCCAUGGUCCCCAUCAGGUCCUGGGUGGGGGAUGUUAUGGUCUGGCACGGUUUCUGGGCCUUCUUCCCUUUCCACCUACUUUUGGAUUUGUAGCCCCUUUAAGGGCCAGAACCUUUUCUGGAAUCGUUUUCCUCACCAGGCACCCUCUGGGAGGUGGGCAUGUACCAGUGGAUGCCUCGCCUUGGUGGGGUGGUCUGGAGGCCUGGCCUCUGCCUCAACAGGAGAUCCCCCUGAUCACUAGCAUUCACCCCCUGCAAAAACCUGGCAACAAUGGUUUGCCGCCUACUUGCUGCAGGAAGAUGAAAGCCUUUGCAGAAAGCUUUGAGCUCCAUGGGGAAACGCACUAGAGAACCAGAAAAUGUGAUUAUUUGGUGACAUAAAAAGCCCCUUUCUCUGUGUUUACCACCACCUGUCUUCCUGUAGACUUUUGUUCUGUGCUUGGGGUGUGUGAAUUCUUACCCCAAACUGGAAGGGGGGAAUGAUAGAACCACUAUUUCAGUCUAAGGAUUUCUUCGAGAACGCAUUCUUGCGCCUGCAAGGGUUUAGUUAUUCUGCUGCAUGACAACUUCUCGACAUUUCACCUACAACACUAUGGGGGUUUUCAGUGGCUUGGGCCCCGCAAUGGGGGAAAAGUCUUUUGUCAUCAAGCAGGCUAAUUGUUUCCCCACAAUAGCUAAAAAUACCCACACCAUGGGAGCAGUCUGGGGUGAGAGCCUGGGGUGGGUGACAGAGCUCCUGGGUGUGGUGCUGGGGCUAGAACAGGUGAAUGAGGGCCCUGUGGACUCCUGCAGGAGCCUCCCACCAGAGCGCCCAGGCCAGGGCUCCAAGCCCCCAGUGGGUCCCUGUGAUGUAUAACCGACCCUACCCUGGGUGGGGGCCAGUUGGCCAUCUCUGACCCAGCCCCAUUGCUCUAUCCCCCUGAUGGGGCUCCAGGGGCCUCUCCCUCCUGGUUGUCUCCCCAUCCCAGGACCCGACAACCAGAGCACUUGGGAGCAUUUGAAGGACGUUUCCCCUUCUCCAAGGAGUGGCCCUGCUUUGACAUUAAGCCAGCAGGUAUCUAGUAUUGGCACAGUGGCACUCUGGUGGGCCUGGCCAGAUUUGGAGAAGUCCUGAGAGAGUUUUCUGGGGUGCAGGGAAUGGAGAAGACCAAAGAAUCCCUUCUGGGGAUAGGGACUCCCUCAAGCUCAGUGUAAAGCCUGGGCAUGGUCUUGGGGCGAGGCUGGGGAGGCUGGGGCCAGGGGAAUGGCUGACGUGUGACAUCUGCUGACUGGUCUUGUGUGUGUCCCAUGGGACUCCUGCAAUUGUGGCUGCCUGUGGCCCCCUUGUUGUGAUAUGCAGGUGUUUUUGUUUUGUUUUGUUUUUUUAAAGUCCGAGCUAUUUUAUCAAUAAAGGAUAUUUUGUAAUAA